AUGCUUACCGAGUUCAAAGCUAUUCACAUCGUUUGCUCUCCCGCUGACAAGAAGGACUACAUCCAGAAGCUCCUCGGUACUGGCACAGAUCGCAAGGAACCGGUUGUUGUUUUCUGCGGUGACGGCACGAACGAUGCCGUUGCUCUCGCGCAGGCUACGAUCGGCGUUCACAUGAACGAAGGGACGGAUGUCGCGCAAUCCGCCGUGGAUGUGGUUCUCAUGCGACCUUCUCUGGCUGGCAUCCCCAUUAUGAUGAAUGCCAGUCGGAAGUCCGUCAACCGCAUCAGGUUCAAUUUUGCAUGGAGCUUCGUAUAUAACACCUUUGCAGUCCUUCUCGCUGCGGGUGCUUUUGUCAAUGCGAGAAUUCCUCCAGAAUUUGCGGGGCUGGGAGAGUUGGUGAGCGUGUUGCCAGUCAUUGCUGCUGCGGUGCUUUUGCGCUGGUCGAAGAUCUAG